CGCUGGCUGCAGAUGUCGGACGGGCAGGCAGCUGAGGGGCCGGCUUUCUGGAGCCCCGCAGCUCGCCGAGGGUCGGCGGGGGGCGUCGGGGACAGACGGGGAGUGGAGGAGAGCCAGGCAGCCGCCUCAGUUCUACAGGAAAUCCAAGGUCACAUCCAGCAAGGGCCUCCUUGCUCAUGGCCACAGGCCAAAGGACAAAAGAAGAGGUGAUAAAGGACAAAAGAAGAGAGAAGGAAGAUCUGGAAAGCACCAAAGUGAACUCUCCGCUGGCUUCUGCCCCUGAUCCAGCAGCCCAGUCCUCACCCUACAGGCCACAGAUGGUGUCUCCAGUGAGUAAGGAUACCACGGAAGAUCUACAGAAAGCGGCUGGCGCCUCAGAGGCUCAGGCUCCGGGGGAGCAGGCGUCACUGCCAGCGGGCCAGACGCAGGUCCUCAGUGAGAUGGCCAAGUACCAAGCGCCACAGCGACCCGAAGACACAGUUAUGAUCCAGUCUGAGCACACUGGGGCUAUAGAUGUCCUUUCAGCGGAUUUGGAAUCUGCAGAUCUUCUGGGUGACCACAGGAAAGUCUCUCCACCUCUGAUGGCUCCUCCAUGCGUCUGGACCUUUGCCAAAGUGAAGGAGUUCAAAAGCAAGCUGGGGAAGGAGAAGAACAGCCGUCUGGUAGUGAAGCGGGGAGAAGUAGUCACCAUCCGGGUCCCUACCCAUCCCGAGGGAAAGCGCGUCUGCUGGGAAUUCGCAACUGACGACUAUGAUAUUGGUUUUGGAGUUUAUUUUGACUGGACCCCGGUAACCAGCACUGAUAUAACUGUGCAGGUCAGUGACUCCAGCGAGGACGAGGAUGAGGAAGAGGAGGAAGAGGAAGAGAUUGAAGAACCCGUCCCUGUGGGAGAUGUGGAGAGAGGCUCCAGGAGUUCUCUGAGGGGCCGCUAUGGGGAGGUCAUGCCUGUGUACCGGCGGGACAGCCACCGAGAUGUGCAAGCCGGCAGCCAUGACUACCCUGGGGAGGGCAUCUACUUGCUCAAGUUUGAUAACUCGUACUCCCUGCUUCGCAACAAGACUCUCUACUUCCAUAUCUACUACACUAGCUGAAGGAUGCUGGGCUGGGGCAGGCUGUGUUUGCUGGCUGAAGCAGGCUGCCAGCUGGUGCCUCUUGUGUAUAAGCAAGAGCCUAAAGUUGUGUGUGGGGCUCUGAAGCCUCGUGCCCUGCCUGGCAUGCCUGACUAUUGACCCCAUGUAGCUUUCUCCUUUCUUGCCUUCUGCAGGUGGUGGUGUAGUGCUCCUGUUCUGUGGUCCCUGACUCACACUCUUGUUUCCGACUCCAGCAAAAUUCCUCUCAGAAGGCCCCUCCCUAUGAGGCAAAAGCCUCCAAUGAAGUAGAAGGAUGUCUUUUAAGAAAUUGACUGACUCUGGUAAAGCUCAUUCAGGUUGCCGCUCACUCUUCUCCAGAGCCUGUCAUGCCAGUGUACUUUAGUAGCGCCUACUGUCUUUACAUCUCGAGGUGCCAGAAGAGGGAAAGCACACUGUCUAUGAAAGAGCCCAAGAGUUUGGAUGGAGAGUGCUCUGUCCAGCCUCUCACCACUGCCACACUCCUGCCUGCCUGCUGGGUGUUCUUAGUCUCUGCUCAGGCCGGGAGACCUCACUGCCUUGAAUGGAUAUUAUUCCUGAUAAGGUAGAUCCUUCCUCCUUUCUUUUCACCAAGUCUGUGUUUCUGUCAUGUAGCAAGUACCUCCAAGCAAUUGUGGUCGGUGUCCUCAGAGAAGAAAAGCGGCCUCUAUCACUUCCUGUCUCCAGUUAUCUCCCUUACUGAGGGUGCUGGUAGUUGAUGAAGAAAGGGUGGAAGAUAACCACUGAGUUAUCUCAGACCCUGCCCUUUUGGAAAUCAAGUAUUAGUGCCUCCCCUCCCCCAUCCCAUUUUAGGCCAUGUGUGUUGCGUACAAAGUUUGCCUUGGAACCAAAUACAGUGAAACCCAGUCAGGUUUGCAGUGGUUCUGGGUUUGUGUUUUUAUAUCGAGACGGGAAGCUUUUGGUGGUCACGGUCCUUAGGGAAAGUAAUCAUGGGAUUUUGCUGUCGCUGCUGACCGUGUGUGCUCCUUACUUGACCAAAGCCUGCAGGCGACAGCCUCUGAAGUCUGUUCACCCUGAGGUGGUGUCACAGCAGAAUUUAGUUAUGUUGUAGUGGGUGGCCACAGAGCGGAAGGUGCUAGGGCCUCAGUGGAGAGGGCACCCAGAGGGGCGUGGGCCUCUGCAGCCAUCUGCACCUCUUCCUUUUCCAGUCUGUGUUGUCUGUCAUUCUUCUGAAUUUUGAAUAAUUAGGUUUAUUUAUUACUGUAUUUAUGGUUUUAAAGCACAUUUCAGUUUGCCUUUGAGACAGCUCCUGUCUGUUUCCCAAAGGCCUCCCAUGUGCUCUGAGCCACUAUGGCCACCUCUUUUAUGGCGCUAAAGAUGAUUUUAGAGCUUGGAAGAUGAUCACGUGUGUUCAUUGCAGCAUGUCAGCCCUGUGAAGCUUUGGGAAGUCUGCCCUUUCAGAGAUGGAGGAUUCCAGCCUAGUCCGUGUUAAAUACAUCUCAGCGCUCCCACUGAGGGAGUCUAAGGUGAUGGACACAGAUGGACUUAAAGAGCUGAGGGCGAGUCAGAGGUAAUCGAGUACUGAGUAUGGGAUGCCAAAGUCCUUUUCCUCCUUUGACACCUCCUCCCUAAUGCUUUGUUGGCCGUUCCUUUAUUGUGUGGUUACCUCACACCAAGCCUCUCUGUCCUACAGGAGUGAUCACCUAAAGAGCAGGGUCUUGCCAGUAGGUGUGUGGUCAGGAACAAAGGGAAUGAAUGCAUCCUGCAGCUCUGUCAACCUAGAAGCAAAGCCUGGGCUGUAUGGCCUGCUGCAGUCUCUCGGUGGCCAGUCAGUGCCACCCCUCCAUUCUUCCAUCAUUGCAGAUGGGCUUUGUGGGUGAUUAUACUGGCAAAACCCACAUGCCCUCUAAAAAUCAGUAAGCCAUUGGGGCCGCGAGACCGACCUGCUCAUCAAGGCGUCAGAUGGCUGGGCUGAAGUUGAAUCUGCUUUUACUGAUUGAGUCCACUCUCCGUUUCAGAAACAAACCCUCUUUGGAGCUAUUUUCAAGUCAGUGGCGGUCUCUGAUUUCUCCUGUUUGUUGUGGACCCCUGACCUGCUCUUAGCUCGGUAGCCAGGCCCCUGGGGCUUUCCCUAGUUACUCCAUCUUGUCUUUCCUUGGGCUUGUUUUCUUGUAGUGCAUAGCAGGGAAGUAGAGGGGCUUCUCAUCUCCCUGUGUACUGUCACUUGCUGGGCAUUCUGAAACCGUUAUCUCUUACUGAUUCUUCCUCAGGAGGGUUUUGUUUGUUUGUUUUUGUUUUGUCUCAUGAACAUAAAAUGCCUAAGGAAGACACGCCCAUGUAUAAUGCAUUCACUAUUCACACACUACAUUUUUGGAAUAAGAAACCUUGAGAGACAAAGUAUUAUUCAGUGAAACGCAGGUAAUUAUGGAGAACACAGAAUGCAUACCUUGAAGGUUCUGAGAAGUGUCAAUUCCUUGGUCCCUCCAGUUCAAGGUUAAAGAAUCAAACAAAUAAGUUAUCUGCUUUUUUGCUUGCCCUGCUCUUUAGAGUACAAAUAAAUACUGUGCAGUUAAAGGAAGGGGUGCUAAAAGAGCAGAGAUUAGGAUUCUCUUCACAAGAGUGGCUGAGUUCUUAAAAUUUUUUCAAUUUGUCUAAUUUCGUUACUUUGUUAAGAGACAAGGCUUUUUAAAAAGACAUAUCUAAAAUGCUAUUUUUCCAACAUCUUAUGAAAAAUUUCAGCAAACAAAAAGCAUACACUUACAUCCGACAUAUACUUUUAAAUUUCAAACUACCAGUUUCUAAACAAAGAGUCUAGCUUUUAGUUCCCAUUGACAAACAUCCACUUGGAGGACGUCUCCGUACUCAGCGUCAGCUCUCAGUCAGAGAGCCCUGCUUACGAAGAAGAUCUCCUUUUCAACAUGGGCUGCCUAAAAGGUCUUCACAAAAAUGGCCAUCGGCCUCCGUCUUUCAGAAAGCUAGCUGUUUCUUCCGGCUUAGCCUCUCUAACUGCCUAUCAGUGUCAGGGUGUAGCUGUGUUGGAGAGCCUUCCUUCCCAUCUGUGGCUUUCUGAUUCCUCAGGACGCUCACAUGCAAACACCUUCCUCAGAGAACACAUAGAAAUAGGUAGCAGCGUGAAAGUAGACUAUUCUUAGUUAUUUUCCACAGAUGGAUUCAUGCACUUUAAAACUAUUUUAUUUGGUAUUUAGGAAAAAUUGACUUUUAAAGAAGAAUAUAUUGUCCCACUAUAUGAAUAUAGACAAGUUAAUCUGUAACUGUUAAUAUUCAUGGGCUUAGAUAUUAUUGUGGAGUUUAUGUGUACGUUUUGAUUUUGAUGAGUUAUACUUAGCUCCUUCUUUGUGAGGACCCUAAAUAAAGUCUGUGAUUGUAUAUUUAUGUUUAAAGACCACUCUGCAAAAAGUUGCCUUUAACGUUGGUGUCCAUGGUUCUAAGGUGUGGGAUUGAGUGACCCUAAUAUUUAUGUAGAUGUUUUUAGUGAACAGAGAGAAGGAGGCACAAAUUAAGUCUGUGCUGCUCCAAAACUGCCUUUUAAAUGGACAGUAAAGGGUGUCUAUUUAAAGCGGGAUAGAACAGAGUCUGGGAGAGGGAUCAAACCACCAUGUAUGUCCCGGAAUUCAUUUAGUGCACUAGUGCUACUUUGUCCAUUGGAACUGCUUUGUAAGCCAGAACCUUACUGGUUCUUCUUGUGCUCACUGGAGAACUCUCCAGCCUUCUUUGCCAUCUGCUAGCAGGAUCAGCUAGAUGCAUUUUGGGGUAGGACUUCUCUGCUACAUGUAACCCUGUCCUGUCUCCAUUCUUUAGAGCUUAAGAGUUAGUCAGUUCCACUUGUGGUGCUGAAGCCACAGUUGUGAAUGUGUCCUCGAAGGCAUAAUUCAGAUACAUUUAGUCCAGUACCACAAACCCUGUAGUCAUGUGAGUGCGGGGGUAAGAAGCUGACCUCCCUAGCCUGAUGGUAUUGACAUCUUAUAACCAAACAGCAAACCACACAGUUUUCUCUUCCAGGGCUUCUAUCUAGGUUUCUCCUGGGGCUAAACAUCCACAUUAACCACUGUCCCUAGGUUUUUCCAUGACCAGAAGUAUAGAAUGUCUGCACUUUGGGAAAAGGGAAUCACAUGUUCCCUUUGAAGGGUGAGCUUUCAGGUGAAGGAAGGGAACCGGUGUCCUCCUGCUGUGCGGGUACUUUGUUAAAGGGCAUGGGUUCUGUAAAAAGCAAGUCCUUGUGUCUAUCGUGUGCCCGUGGUCAGGGAGCUGCACACUUUCUUUGGAGAGUAGAAAAUAAGGAUCAAACCCCAGGCACAAGCUGAGUAUCUGAUUCCCACUGACCCAAGCAAGCACUCUUUGUUCCUGGUGGCAUUUUGGGUGACACUCAGGCAAGAGCUUCUUGGAUCUCUAUGUAUUGGAUGCUGGUCACUGGCAGACUUGUCCUUUGUGUAACUCAUCUAACAUUUGUGUGCAUUCCCAAAGAAGAUCCAGCGCGCAGAGAAACACUGUGAACACUUUGUGGCCAGACUGCAGUCACUGUUCCUGCAGUCACACAUCCUGCUGAGAUGUAAUAUAGCCUUCUCUAGUCCACUGUCUCAAAGCUAAGAAAACGCAUAAGGCCUGAUAGGGUAUCGAUAAUCUGGCUCCUUUACAAACAGCUGUUCUCACGAACUGAGUACAAAGACAGUGCACUGGCUGUGAAGGUGUAGGGCUGGUCUUGGUUUGAACCCAUGAUCUGAUUUUUAGCAUGUGGAUUACUGGCAUGGCUCUUCAUUCUAAGAUACAAUAAAAAUGGCGCCCCAGAGACGUGGGAAUAUGCCCUGCUUUAUGAAAUUUCAGUUUCCUGUCAUUUUAAUUAGGAAGCUUUUUGGCUUAUCUGGAGGUAAAAUUGUGUAUGUGAAGUGACUUAUGGGAACAGAGUAUAUUUUCUAAAGUUCUGACAGAGGAUCAUGAAAGAUUCUGAAGUUUGGAGUUGAAUCAUGUGUGGUCUCACUGAAGAGCCCUACCAGUCAAGGUUGAAAUGCCUGGUCUUUAAUGGCUCCUUUUCAUUGUCAUUGUUCAUUCUUAGGUUCAGGCCAGGACUCAUCUAGAAAACAUUAUCUUAAUUCCUUCUCUCAUAUCCUUAAUAGUACAUUUUAUUAAGACGUUUUAUGUUAAAAAUGCAUCUGUGUCCUGUUUUGAGAUGAUUGUUCCAUAAGCGAAUUAGCUUUCAUCUAAUCAGCCUGAGUUAUUUCCAUUUAGCCUUGUUAGAGAACAAGUCAGUCUGGAAAAAGCAAUCCCGUGAUGCAUGACGUUGGUAUAUCCAUGUUCCCUUCAUAAUGGGAAGUAUUUUGAAACCCACAGGAGAAAUGUUUGAUGCUUUGUAAUAAAAACCAAAAGCAUUUGCAAAUGCUUUGUAAUCAAAGUGAUAGAUCCGAGAGAGCAGAGUGGGUAAGGACAGUGGGGAGGCAGGGAGGUGCGUGGAGAGUUCCUGAACCACGCCAUGCCAUUUGCGUAGAUAUCCAAAGGGCUACUUUGGAGCCAUUGUCUGAGCCAUCAGUGGUUAAAAGCGAUGUGUUUUCUUGGUAAAUGUUUAAGCAACUGACAACCAUGAAGACAUGCUUUUUCCUUACUGUUUCGUACCGUGUGCUGAUGCUAACCAAGGUUACCAAAGGCCUGGAAGGGAAACUGUCACACAGUCUCGUCUUUUUUCUUCAGAAUACAAACAACUCCAAACUCUAAUCCAUUAGAGUAACUUGUUUUCCACGUCUCCCUGUCAUGAGAAAUGCUGUCCAUGUAUGAUUUCCACAUUAAGAACUCUUAGUUCUUUUGUUCCACUGAGUGGUUGGUUUUUCUUCUGUCAGACAAUGUUUUCUCACCUCAAGGCACUGAAUGUGUUGCUGUGAUACACGGAUGAAUCCUGAGCCAUGGUUUUAGCAGCUCAGUUGUGGUGUUUUUAUAUUAUGUGAUAGUUUUGUGAGAUGCUUUUGUGCAUUUUGUCUUCUUUUUCAAGUUUUGAAAUCUGUCAUGAAUAAACUUUUUCACUGUGCACCUAAA